AUGGAUCUUUCGGCCAGCAACGAGCUUGUCCCCUUCGCGGAAGCGACCCGGGUCGAGAAGAUUGGAGCCAAUGUCUACAGAGUCAACCUGGUUGACUCCUGGUGCAUUGGGACUGUUCCCAACGGUGGCUACGUGGCAUCGUGCAUCCUCCAAGCAGCCAUCCUCCAUCUCGCCCCGAGGGGCCAGCAAGAUGUGCUCAACGCCCAUUUUGAAUAUCUAAACCGUACAGAGACCGGUUUGGCUAUCAUAGUGAUCGAGGACGUCAAGCUGGGCCGGCAGCUGUCGACUAUUCAUGCGACCCUCUACCAGCGGAGCCUUCUGUCCAAAGAGCCAUGGAUCACUCCUGGUUCGACGCGCAAGGAGAUUGCUGCGUACCUCGUCAUGACCGAUCUCUCCAAGGAGGAGGGCGUCUCGCUUCCGACUGGCUUCUCGCUGAAACAUCCUAUACCUCCCCCGCGGAGGCCAGACCUGGUUGCGCUGCGCGAGGAUCGCGACCCUCACUGGGCCCAAUUCCGCUUCCCAAAGAGCGCCCCUCUAGGCUAUGCUCGCUGUUUGAAGAACUGUGUGUUCUACGAUCCUCGGGGCGGCCAGCCGUCCAAGUAUGUCAUCGACAAAUGGGUGCGUUUAGCAUCGGGAGAGCGCUUCACGAAUGCGACACUCGGCUACGUCGCCGACUGCUGGCCGUACGUCGUCGAGGCGCAGCGUCCGAGGCCAAAACUAGCUGAGGAAAUGCAGCGUCGUGGCGAGCUCGUGCCGUUUGCCCCGGACGCCCGGUUCUGGUACACCACGGUCGUGCUUAACGUUGAGACAAAAAAGGCGCUGCCGGCGGACGGCGUCGAGUGGCUACAAAUCCGGGUGCAGUCCAGGCAGAUCCGUAAUGGCCGGUUGGACCUCGAGGUGCUGAUUCUGGACGAGCGCGGCGAACUGAUCGCGCUUAGUCACCACGUCAACCUGAUCCUCGACAGCCAGCGGAACCUGGCCGAGAGGGGUAGUGGCAGCAGUGGCGAGAGCAAGAUGGCAAACACGAAGGCCAGCAGCAUGCGCAAAGCGCAGAGUCACAUGUGA